AAAUACAAGAAGAAGAGGUCAUACACAGACACAACCCUCUUCCCCAUUUCACCUUCCUUUCCCAACCAUUUAUUAUAAUAUUCCCAAAUGGUCUUUUCUUUUUCCCAUUGGAUUGUACAGAUUACCAGCUGAAUUCUUCUCAAUCCCUUAAUUUCUUGUUGAUUUUUGCUAUUUUCAGUGGUUUUUCUGAGACUUUAAGAUACAAAACUCUUCUGGGUCUUCCUGGGUUUUUUUUUGUUUUUUUUUUCUGCAGUACUUUCUCUGAGUUUCUUGCAGUAAAACUUCUCAUACCCAUACCCAGAAAAGAGAGAAUUAAAGACAUGGGCAAACAAGGACCUUGCUAUCACUGUGGUGUCACAAGCACUCCUCUUUGGCGUAAUGGGCCGCCAGAGAAGCCAGUACUGUGCAACGCCUGUGGAUCCCGGUGGAGAACAAAAGGAACACUUGUAAACUACACACCUCUACAUGCUAGAGCAGAACCCGAUGAGUUCGAGGAUUACAGGGUUUCAAGAGUGAAGAGCAUAUCUAUUAAGAACAAAGAAGCAAAGGUGCUAAAAAGAAAACAAAAUAAUGACUACGCAGUAGUUGGAAGGGUUGAUCCCGAUUAUAACCAGUUUUCGCAGAAGGGUCUGGACGAAGAUACCAGUAAUCGAUCAAGUUCUGGCUCUGCCAUAUCUAAUUCUGAGAGCUGUAUGCAGUUUGGCAGCGCAGAUGCAAGUGACUUGACAGGUCCAGCCCAGUCCAAUGCGUGGGACACAACGGUGCCUUCAAGGAAGAGGACAUGUUUCAAUCGUCCAAAGCCAUCUUCAGUGGAGAAGCUGGCUAAAGAUUUACAUACCAUCUUACAUGAACAACAGUCCUCACACUUCUCUGGAUCUUCUGAAGAGGAUUUGCUUUAUGAGAGCAACACACCUAUGGUCUCUGUUGAGAUAGGACAUGGAAGUGUUCUUAUUCGACAUCCGAGCUCCAUAGGUAGAGAAGAGGAUUCUGAAGCUAGCUCUCUUUCAGUGGAUAACAAACCACAUCCAGCAAGUGAGGCUUAUUCCCAUUUGACUGCCCUUCCUGUACAUAUUGAUAAUAAGGGUGCCAACUUUCCCAGUCUGGAGAUUGAAAGAAUCAAGAAACCAAAUGGACAAGGGAUGCAACAAGAGCAAAUUAAAAGGGACAAUGCUCAGCAUGAAAAACUACAGAUUUCGGGAAAUUAUAACUCACUACUCCAUUAUGUAGAUCUAAAAGAUAUUUUCAACUUUCAGGAGUUUGCAAGUCACCUGACAAAUGAAGAGCAAAAGCAAUUGCUCAAGUAUCUCCCUUCUAUUGAUACUGCCAGACUUCCUGAUAGCCUUAAAAGCAUGUUUGGUAGCCCUCAAUUCAAGGAGAAUCUAUCCUCCUUUCAGAAGCUCCUUGCAGAAGGGGUUUUUGAUCUUUCUUUGUCAGGGGUGAAAACUGAAGACUGUAGGACAUUGAAGAAGCUUGCAUUAUGUAAUUUCACAAAAUCAAAGUGGGUGGAACAAUAUAAUCUGCUCAAGGAUGUAAAAGGUAAAAGUAGUAAUGGAGGGUCAGUAGUUCCGGGAGGACCUAAUGCGAUUGUAUCUGGUAGUUCCACAAGUGUAAAGAGAUCACGUGACGGCCAAUUUCAAAAUUUUCCAGGAUCAAAGACAACAAUGAAGAGCCCAAAAAGGGUGAUGAAAGGCAGCCACGAACACAAGGAACUCAUGGACAACGAUGGCUCUUGCUUUAGUCCCGGAAGUCAAUUUGUAUUGCCUCCUCCUGAUAGUAGCUCCCUCAUGUUAGACUCUUUCCAGUUCAUGGAUGAGAGUUCUGAUCAAGAUCUGCUUCUGGACGUGCCAUCCAAUAACUCGUUCCCACAGGCAGAACUCCUGCUCCCGGCUUCAUCACGUUUUGGUGGUGCCACCCUAGCAAGCACUAGUCGCAGCUCCGCACACCCACAAUUUGGCCGACCCUGACAGUGCUUUUUCAAAAUGCCUACUUUUAACUAGGCUAUUUUAAGGAACCAUUUCUGUUAAAUUAUGUCGGGAUACACAUAUUUUGCAUGCCAAACAUACACACAAGUCUAUGUGAAUGAGGUUUGAUAGUUGCUUGUUCUUUUUCUUGGCCUGUGUUCAAACUUGGAAGUGCUAAGGGGAGAUUGUGGGUGGGCUUUUUUUUGUAUAGGGUUGACAGAAGAUUGUAAUAUAUAGUUUGAAAUGCAGAAGAGGUGGUAAGUUUCUGAGUUUUUGUAUGCAGCUUAGCUGUUGACUUGCAUAAUAAACUUCAGAUAACCCUUCUGUUGGCUGCUUAUUGUGGUCAUGAAAUUAUACUCGUUUGGCCUCGA